CUCUCGCGUAAAAUAUAAUAAACAAAUAAAAUCAAACUUGAUUUGUUAAUUGUGUGUUUCACAGUGUUGCAAAGUGUUUUGUGUUACAACAUAAACAACAACAAGUUGCGAAUCAACAGCUUAAAUAUAUACAAAAAAUAAAGAAAAAGUAAAUAAACGAAACGCUUAACAAAGAAAGCAGCACAAAACGACAAAAAAGAAAAACCAAGUUGGGAAAAAGAGAAAAAACAACAUAAAUUCUUGUGCUGCAAAAGUGUGUGACUGUGUGUGUGUGUGUAAAGCAAAAAACAACAACAACAAAACAACAACAACAACAAAAAGUACCUGGAGCAAACAAAAAAAUAGCAGUGCAACUGCAACAAGUGCAACAACAAGAAAGCGAAUAACAAACAAAACAAAUCAACCAAAAAAAACCAAAAUAAAUAAGAAAAUUAUUAAAAAAAAAAGUAAAGCGAGCAAAGCACGAGGUUUGUUUUGGCUCAAACACAGCAGACGAGAAUUUAACGCGUGACGCACAUGUUGAUGAAAUUGUAAUGUAAUGAGAUACGACGUCCAGGAGCUGCUACUUCAUCAGUCUGCUGAGGAUCCAUUCGCCAGGUUCGCAAAUGGGAUGGCAUAUCAUCCAUUUCUGCAGCUAUCGCAAAGACCCACUGACUUCAGCGUCUCGUCGCUGUUGACGGCGGGUAGCAACAGCAACCAGAGCAAUCAGAGCAACAGCAAUCAGAACAACAACUCUACCAACAACAACAACAACAACAGCAACUCUAGUAACAACAACAACAACAACAGUGCAGCGACGGCAGCAGCGGCAGCGAGUCAAGCUUUGAGCUCGCCAGGAUCUGGAGCUGGUGGCAAUUAUCGCAGCUCGCCGUCGCAGCUAUCGCCACAAAGUAAUCACAGCAAUCACAACAACAACAACAACAACAAUAACAACAAUAACAACAGCAUCAACAACAAUAACAAGAACCACUUGAGCACCACCGAAACGUUGAGUCAAGGAGGCAACUCGCCAACGCCAACAACAGCAACAACAGCAACAACAUCAUCAUCAUCACCACCGCCAUCGUCAUCAUCAUCGUCACAACAGCCACAGCCACAGCCGUCGUUGCCACCUUCUUUACCCGCGCAUCAUUCGCCCAGCGUUGCACCACCGCCGCUGCCACCGCAACAACAACAGCAACAACAACUGCAUCCACCUCCACCGCAGCAGCAGCAACAGCAGCAUUUGGGGCCGCAACAACAACAACCGCCGCCGCCGCCGUAUUUUCCGGCAGCCGCUUUAGCCGCCUUGGCUGGCAGUCCGGCGGGGCCGCAUCAUCCGGGUUUGUAUAGCGCCGCCGGCGGUUUGCGUUUCCCCCCGCAUCCGGCGCAUCCGCACGCCCAUCAUCCGCUGGGCACCGCGUACACAACCGCCGAGGACGUCGUCUUGGCAUCGGCUGUCGCCCAUCAGCUGCAUCCGGCGAUGCGACCCCUGCGCGCCCUUCAGCCCGAGGACGAUGGCGUCGUCGAUGAUCCCAAGGUCACGCUCGAGGGCAAGGAUCUGUGGGAGAAGUUCCACAAGCUCGGCACCGAGAUGGUCAUCACCAAGAGCGGCAGACAAAUGUUUCCGCAAAUGAAAUUUCGUGUUUCGGGUCUGGAUGCCAAGGCUAAAUACAUCUUGCUACUGGAUAUCGUUGCGGCGGAUGAUUAUCGUUAUAAAUUUCAUAAUAGUCGCUGGAUGGUCGCUGGUAAAGCGGAUCCUGAAAUGCCAAAACGCAUGUACAUUCAUCCAGAUUCACCCACAACGGGUGAGCAAUGGAUGCAAAAAGUUGUUUCAUUUCACAAAUUAAAAUUGACCAACAAUAUUAGUGAUAAACAUGGAUUUGUAAGUACUACAAUACUGAACUCAAUGCAUAAGUAUCAGCCGCGCUUUCAUUUGGUGCGAGCCAACGAUAUCUUGAAGCUACCAUAUUCCACGUUUCGCACGUACGUGUUCAAGGAGACGGAGUUUAUAGCCGUGACUGCAUAUCAAAAUGAGAAGAUAACUCAAUUGAAAAUUGACAACAAUCCGUUUGCGAAGGGCUUUCGUGAUACUGGUGCUGGCAAGCGGGAAAAGAAGCAGGCGCUGAUGUCGAACCGAGGGUCCGAUUCGGACAAAUUGAAUCCCACGCACGUGAGCAGCUCACGGGCGCCCUUGCAUUUGGGCCAUGCCGGACGGCCGCCGCAUUUGCAUCCCGCGCACGCUGCGGCGCUGCUCGACAAUCAGCAGGACGACGAUGAUAAGCUAUUGGAUGUGGUGGGGCCGCCGCAAAGUCCGCUGCUGCCAUUGAGCCACUCGCUGCAACAGAUGCAAGCACAUCAGCAUUCGGCAGCCCUCGCCGCCUGGUUCAAUCACAUUGCCGGCGCUGGCGCCGGCGAACACGCAGCCGCAGCGAAUGCCGAGGACGCGCUGCGCCGUCGCCUGCAAGCGGACGACAUGGAGCGCGACGGCAGCGACUCGAGCUGCUCGGAAAGCGUCGGUGGCAGCACCGGCGGUGCCUUUCGCCCCACCUCCACUGGCAGUCCCAAGGAGGGCGUUGGCGGCGGCGGCGGUGGUGGCGGCGGUGCAGCCGCAGCGGCUGCAGCAGCGGCAGCUGGCCUGAAUGCCGCCGGCAGUUAUCCAUCGCCGAAUAUAUCAGUGGGACCACCGAUACACCCGUCGCCGCAUCUGUUGCCUUACCUUUAUCCGCAUGGUCUCUAUCCGCCACCGCAUCUGGGUCUGUUGCACAAUCCGGCCGCUGCGGCGGCCAUGAAUCCCGCCGGCCUCAAUCCGGGACUCCUCUUCAAUGCCCAACUCGCAUUGGCCGCCCAACAUCCGGCGCUCUUCGGCCAUGCCUACGCGGCGGCGGGACACACGCCGGUGUCGCCGCUACAGGGACUGAAGAGUCAUCGCUUCUCGCCGUACAGUCUGCCCGGCAGCUUGGGCUCCGCUUUCGAUGCCGUCACCCCGGGCUCGAAUGCCAAUCGCGGUGGCAAUGGCAGCGCCGAUGCUUCAGCGCCGCCCAAUGUGCUGCCCCUGGGAGGAGGUGGCGGUGGAGGUGGCCCCAUCGAUAGCGGACCGCGUAGCUUGAGCUCGAGUCCGCGACCGCAUCGGGCGACAUCGCAUUCGCCACCGACGCGUCCCAUAUCAAUGUCACCGACAACGCCGCCAUCGCUGCUCAGCGGCAACAGCAACAACAACAGCAGCAGCAGCAAGCAGCAACAACGUCAGGCACAACAUUCGCCGUCGGAGCUGAAGAGCAUGGAGAAGAUGGUCAACGGGUUGGAGGUGCAACACAAUGGCAGCGUUGCCGCUGCCGCAGCAGCAGCGGCCGCAGCAGCAGCGGCGGCGGCAGCAGCAGCGCUGCUCUCCGAGGAUGCAACACAGCUGCAUCACACGCAACAGCAUCACACAUCACAUCCGCCGCACGGACAUCCGCAUUCGCAUGCGCAUCCAUUGGCAGGGCAUCCGCAGCAGCAGCAGCAACAGCAUGUGGCACAUGGACAGCAGCAGCAGCAGCAUCAUCAUGGGGCAGCGGCAACGGCGGCGGAUCAGUGACAAUUACUGGAUGGCCGCACCAUCGAUGGUGACGGCCCCAACAACAAUGAUGAUGUUGUGACGGCUGCGAUGAUGAUGAGCAUGGAGCAUGAGCACGAUGACCAGGAUGAUGAUGAGGAUGAUGAGCACGAUCGCAGCUCGGUCAUUGAUUUGGAUGUCGAUGUCUGACCGCAAACGCAACAGCUGCAGCAGCUUUAGCGUGCAACAAACGGCUGGAGCUGGGACUGGGGCUGGGGCAAUCACUUGCUGGCGGCCAGCGGUGGCAGUUGAUGGCGUUAACCAACACUGGCCAGCAUUUGCGACUGUAAAUACGCGCUAUGACGACGACGACACACACACACCCACACCCACACACAACAGCAAUAGCGAUCUAUGUAGGCAUUGUAGCAUAUAGCAUAUAGCACACACACACACACACACACACACAGCUCCCCCUCCCCACAGCAAGACAAAGAGAGCGAGAGAGAAAGAGAGAGAAGUGUAAUACCCUAUAGAGCCUAGAGACGUUGCGGGUCGCUUUGCGCAUAGUGUUAAUAACAAUACUAUUUUUUUUUUUUUUUUCUUUGCGUUUAAGUGACAAAUAUAUAAAAGUUUAGCCUGUAAAUUGUUUGUGAUGCGCAGGACCCGCCAGCUUUUAAAACCUAGUUUAAAGCACAGAUGAGCGAAAGAGACACACAUACAGACACAGACUAAGACAGAGAGAGAGAGAGAGAGAGAGAGAGAGAUAGCGAUAGUGAGUUGGAGUUAUGUUCGUUUCCUUAAAGAAAAACACGUUGCCCAGUGCUCUUGCAAUUAGUUGGAAUCCCCUUUUUGAGCAACUCCCCAUUUUUAGCACUUAAGCAUAACAACUUUAUAUGUAUGUAACAAAUCCCACACACACACACCCCUAUAUAUAUAUAUGAAACUGCAGAUGUAUAGAAAGAGAAAGAUCGAAAGAAAGCGAGAGAGCGAGAGAGCGAGAGAGAUCUUUGCAAAGUAAAACGCGCCCAGGGGCUGAACAAAUUUAUAUAAAUAAAAAAAAAAAAAAAAAACAUAAAUUGAAAUACGUAUCUACAUAUAUAUAGUUAUAUAUAUUGAUAUUUGCAACAUCUAAGAUGAUGCCCACACUCAUACACACACACACUCUCAGACAUCCCUAGACACACCCACACACGCAUAUAUGUAAAUCUCAAAAACAACAAAAAACAAGAAAAAAAAUAUAAAAAAAAAUUAUAAAUAUAUAUAUAUAUAUAUACACAAUUGUAACCUUUAACAAGAAGAACAACAGCAAGCAAGCAUAAACAACAACAACAGAAAAAAAAAAAAAAAAAAAAAUAAAAAAAAAAACGUACAUUUUUUUUCUUAGUCAUAGGAUGAAUUUUUUUUUUAGUAAUCGUAAAUUGAAUGAAUUAAGCAAACCGAAAAAAAAAAAAAAACAACACA